AUGUUGCAAGCCAACAAGGCUUCAGUCCUGACGGGCUUCCAUGUGGGAAGUAUGAAGGUGCAGUAUAUGGAGGUGGAAUACCUGAUUAUGGUUUUGAAUAAAAUCACCUCUCUCGCGUCGCUUCUCUCUGGGUUUGCUGCUUCCGCAUUCUUGCAAUCGACAGGUCUUCAACAUGAAGGGUCUUGGCUCAAAGUUGUCUACGUGCUUUGCACGUCCAGCGCUCUGGGAUUCAUGCUGCUUGUUCUGCUGAUCUGCACACUCUGCACCAUGUGGGGCCCCGGCCUCGCCCUACGAGGACCUGAGGAUUCGUCUCUGACCAAGGCGGUGGAUAUCAUGAACUCUUCAGUUCGAUCUACGUUCCGGAUAUUUAGCGUUGGACUGGCCAGCUACCUGUUUUCGUCUAUCCUGUCAAUGAGCCUGCUUCAACCAACUCUGUCGUGCUUCGUCUCGAUUACCAUCAUUUCGAUAGGUGGCUUGCUUAUCUGCCGCGCAGGGUGGCAAGUCGUGGACAACUUGUCGCCAAAGUAUGUGACAUCUGCGGCCAUCCAAGGUGACCCGUUUUCCUUCGCUUCUCGCCUCCCCGGAGACAAAGAGGAGAGCCACAGAGCCGCGGACGCUAGCUUUGGGCCUCCGCCAUCCGCGUCGCCCUAUAUCCACCUCUGUGACGUAGAAACAGGAGUUGCGUACUACCCUCCGCAAACUGUCCUGCUUUCCGUUGACCGCGAGCAGAGAUAUGAUUGGGAAGCCGAGGCGACAGAGGGCCUGCAUUGGAGCAGUCUGGCAUCUCCCUUUCAAGGUGCACCGCCGCGUCACCCCGCCUCCGUGGGUGGCCGCGGCAUGGGGGCGCCAGAGAGGGGAACUGCUGGACCAUUUGGCGUUGGAUUUUUCGCGGGCAGCGGCGCCAACAGACCUGGACGUGACCAGGCGGCGGGUGAACGGCCGCCGCCCGCCACUGGAGAGUCGCGAGGGCGAUGGCCUUCUCCUCGGCCUCCGCACUGCGGCUCAGGGGCUGCGCAGGCGGGUGCAGGACGAGCAGAAACGGGGCGGGCUUCAGCUGGUGGAAACACACCUACUCCUGUGCCUCCUGUCGAGACCGAGUCUCCACGCCAGCCGUCGUCCAUCUUCCUCAACGAGAGCCUCAUGCUUCACCGUGCAGCCAGCGCUCUGCUGAGCCUCUUCUCCCCUUCGUCAGACGAUGCAGCUGAAACUCCAGCUGCGGCAAACCAGUCUGCUUUCCCUGCAUCUGCGUCUUUCUCUCCAUCGUCGUCGCCUUCGUGUCCGUCCUCCGUCCCCCUCCGCCAGGGCGCGCAUGCGCGGCAUGGUCAAGUGAAAGAUGGCGCCGAGUGCGGAGUUCUCUGCAGACCGGCUUGUUCUGAAAAUGACGACAAGAGGAGCGUCUACAUGCAGAGAGAGGUCUUGGAGGCGGAACGAGAAGGCGAGGGAGACGUUAGGGAGAGACAGCGAUCGCAAGAGGAGACCUCACACAAUCCCGCUGCAGAUCUGCGAGUUGCUCGCUUAUUGUCGCCUUGCUCAGUUCCCAAAAAAACAUGUGAGAUCUUGGUGUCUGAGGCCAGAGGAGAUCAUCGAGGAGAUCAUGGACGUGACGAGGUGAAGAGGCAGCUAACGAACAAGAAGAGCGAGUGUGGCAAUUACCCUACGAGAGGCCAGCCCUUCGACUCCCUAGCUUGUGGCAGGAGGAGCAAUAGAGACGAUAGUGACGAGUUGGCAAUAAGCGUCCACCACCCUGCACAAGACGCUUCCGGCGGUGAUCACCCGGCCACAGAGUAA